AUGACUGGAGAGCCUACCCAAAUAGAGAUAUAUGCGGCUGCACCAAUGAGAGGAAUAGGUCAAGGAAGAGGAAUGAAUCAAUCCGAGUCUAGUGCUCAACCUGAAGUGCGUUCUACUGCUCGGGUUUAUAAUCUGAAGACUAGUGAAGAUUGUGAUGAUCCAAAAAUCAUUGCAGGUACCUUUCAGAUAGCUGGUAAAUCUGUUUUAGUCUUGAUUGAAUCAGAAUCAAAUUAUUCCUAUGUUAGUAGUAAAUUAGGUAAAGAGUUGAACCUUCCUUUAGAGCGUAUUCGUAGUGAUAUGAUUGUGAUUAAUCCAUUAGGAAAUAGUUCUCGAUUAACCAGUCUUGAAGGGUUGGAAGUUAGUGUGGUCAGCGAAAGAAUCUAUUCUUUAGAUAAUGUGAUAUCGGUGAUGUCGGCUUGGAAGUUAUUGCUGCAAGGAUGUCAAGUGUACAUUGUUAAUAUAAUCGAUGCAAGAGUUAAAGAAAGGAAGCUUGAAGAUAUUCUGACAGUCAGAGUGUUUCCAGAAGUAUUUCCGGAUGAUUUUCCUGGGUUACCUCCAGAUAGGGAGGUUGAGUUUCAGAUUGAAGUGAUAUUUGGAUCAACACCAAUUUCAAUGGCUCCUUAUAUGAUAGCUCUGAAGGAGUUGAAAGAGUUAAAAGCUUAG